UGUAGUCGUUUCUCGUUGCACAUGUGCUGAUCGAGAGGAUCCACCCGUCAUGUCUGCCGCGGCGUUGCUCCUGGUGGCCGCGCUCGUCGCCCUCGGCUCCGGUCAUGGCGGCGAGGCCUUCGACCCCAACCCUCUCCAGGACUUCUGCGUCGCCGAUGCCACGUCCAAAGUGCGCGUGAAUGGGUUGCCAUGCAAGGACGCAGCGGCCGUGGUGCCGGACGACUUCUUCUUCGCCGGCGCGGACAAGCCGGGCGACAUGACGAGCCAACGCUACGGUUUCGCAGCGCUGACCGUGCAGAUCCCGGGCCUGAACACGCAGGGCCAGUCGCACGCCCGCGUCGAUCUCGCGCCAGGGGCCAUCUUCCCGCCGCACUACCACCCCAGGGCGGCAGAGACGGCCGUGGUGUUGGAAGGCUCCGUCUACUUCGGCUUCGUCUCCUCCUACCCGGACAACAAGCUCUUCGCCAAGGUGCUCCACAAGGGCGACGUGUUCGCCGUGCCGCAGGGUCUCAUGCACUUCCUCUACAACAAUGGCACCGCUCCCGCCGCGCUCUACGCCAGCCUCAGCAGCCAGAACCCCGGGCUGGUGCUCCUCGCCGACGCGCUCUUCGCCGGGGCGCUCCCCGACGAUCUCCUUGCCAAGACGCUCCUCGCGGACAAGCACACCGUGGACAGCAUCCGAACAAACUUCCGGAGGCCUUGAAUGCUUGUUCCAAUCUCCUAGUAAUUUAUCACAUUUUCUCGGGCAUAGUAAUCUCGAUCGAUGUGUUUAUUUGUCAUAAACAUUUAAAAUGUAAUUCGAAAUAAAAAUGCUGCGAGUCAUAUUCCAUCAUGC